AUUAAGAUUACAAUCAAAGGAAAAUUAAAGAGUGAAGAGAGAACUUGACUAUAGACAAGAAUGGCCGUGAAGCUCAUUUGCCUCUGUCUUUUCGUAUACAUUGCCCUUCUCAUUUCAGGGGUGGCUACUACUCAAGGCCGGACGAUGACCACAUCUGCGAGAGGACGGGGUAGGAAGAGUGGCCGGACGGAAUGGCUGUAUGUAGCCGGAGAAUGUGCGAAAUUACCACGUUGCAACAAAUAUUGCGUCUCCAAUGGGUUUCAUCUUGGUGGGUUUUGUAAGAAAUUGUCUCCUCAAGCUUCCUCUCUUUUCUGUGUCUGUAAAUAUACCUAGGUUUUAAUUACCAAACUCACCGUUUCCUAUUUGUUGUUGACUUGUUGUUGUUGUUGGGAGAGAUAAUAAGGAGUUGUUCAGAAUACAAACCCCUUGACUUGUUGGUCCAUUCUACUUAAUAAUGGUUUGAACUUGUAAGCCU